AGGAGCGUGACUGGUUGGUUUAUUUCUUUCUUCUUUCUCUCUUGAUUUCUAACUUCUUUUUCUUCUUCUUCUUCUCCUCAAUCUCUCACAUUUCUCGUGAAUUUGAAAGUGUGAUAAUGUGGUUUUGAUCUUUGAGUGGGGGAGAGUAUUUUCUACUUCUCUCUUCCGUCUUCGUUCAUUCGAUUCUUUUGCUUCGUUUAAGCACCAGAAAGGAUGGGUUUGAUUUCUGGAAUUCUAAUGGGGAUCGUCGUCGGCAUCGCUUUGAUGGCUGGCUGGCGCCACAUGAUGAGGUAUCGCAGCACCAAACGUGUCGCAAAGGCGGUUGAUAUAAAACUUCUUGGGUCCCUUAGCAGAGAUGAUCUGAAGAAAAUUUGUGGCGACAAUUAUCCAGAAUGGAUAUCUUUCCCUGUGUAUGAACAGGUGAAAUGGCUAAACAAGCAACUGAGCAAAUUGUGGCCUUUUGUUGCUGAUGCAGCAACAAUGGUCAUAAGAGAAUCUGUUGAACCACUACUGGAAGAUUAUCGACCUCCUGGAAUUACAUCAUUGAAGUUCAGCAAACUCUCUCUUGGAAAUGUAGCACCCAAGAUUGAAGGAAUUCGUGUUCAGAGUCUUAAGAAAGGUCAGAUCACAAUGGAUAUUGACUUUCGCUGGGGUGGUGAUCCUAGCAUCGUUCUUGCUGUUGAAGCAGCACUUGUUGCUUCUUUACCCAUUCAGUUGAAGGAUCUUCAAGUUUUCACUGUUGUGCGUGUUAUCUUUCAACUAGCUGAAGAGAUCCCUUGCAUUUCUGCUGUGGUAGUUGCUCUCCUUGCUGAGCCAAAGCCUAAAAUAGAUUACACAUUGAAGGCCGUUGGAGGAAGCUUAACUGCACUUCCAGGGUUAUCAGACAUGAUUGAUGAUACUGUUGAGUCAAUCAUCACUGACAUGCUUCAGUGGCCCCACCGGAUUGUUGUUCCAAUUGGUGGUGUUCCAGUGGAUAUAAGUGAUUUAGAGCUUAAACCACAAGGGAGGCUUGACGUUACAGUAGUUAAAGCGAAUGAUUUAAAGAAUAUGGAAAUGAUUGGAAAAUCAGAUCCAUAUGUGGUUGUAUAUGUUCGACCUCUAUACAAGGUUAAAACAAAGGUCAUCGACAACAACCUCAAUCCUGUUUGGAAUCAAACAUUUGAGAUGAUUGCUGAAGACAAGGAAACACAAUCGCUUAUCUUUGAGGUUUUUGAUGAAGAUGUUGGACAAGACAAAAGAUUGGGCGUAACAAAAUUACCUUUGAUUGAUUUGGAACCUGAUAAUCCGAAAGAGAUUGAUCUGAGAUUGUUUCCAUCACUUGAUAUGCUAAAAAUUAAAGAUAAGAAGGAUAGAGGAACUCUUACUGUUAAGAUCUUGUACCAUGAGUUCAACAAGGAAGAGCAGAUGGCAGCCCUUGAAGAAGAGAAGAGGAUCCUAGAGGAGAGAAAGAAACUGAAAGAAGAAGGUGUGAUAGGAAGCACAAUGGAUGCAGUUGGGGCUGGAGUUGGGUUUGUGGGGAGUGGCAUUGGGGCUGGAGUAGGUCUGGUUGGGACUGGGAUUGGGGCAGGAGUAGGGCUUGUUGGUGCUGUGGGCAGUGGUCUCAGCAAGGCUGGAAAGUUCAUGGGCAGGACCAUUACAGGGACAUCAAGCAGCUCCAAGAAGAGUGGUAGCAGCACUCCUGUAACGCCACAAGAAAAUGGUGGUGCAAAGCCAGCAUGAGCUUUCCUAUAUUAUCUUAGCCUUUGGUAACUGUGAUACGACCUUUUGAUUUGUACUAUUUUAAUAUCUUAUAUGAUUAGUUGAAGGUUUGAAAUCCUUUUCUCCCCUGUGUUACAUAUCUUAGAUCCCUAUUGUUUAGGUUGGAAAUGAAUGACAUAUAUUUGCAGUUAUCUAAAUCGGUUUCAUCCUCGGCCUGAGCCCCAGGUUGUGUUCUGAGU